CUGUAGCUAGCUAAAACAGAACAGAAUCCUUCACAUCUCAUUGACCUUAAUGGCAUUUUAGGAUUUUAUAGAGUUUGGGAGUAUAGCAGUAUGAGACUGGCAUAGUACAUCAAUUUUGGAACCUGAAUGUGCUGUGGGGAGGUGAGUGAAGAAGACUAUAAGAUUCUCUCCAAGCUUGACUACAUGUGUGAGAACGAUCCUGAACACAUCUGCUCCCUACAGAAAUAAUAUGUUAUUUGUAGUAUUAAUAGAGAAGGCUUGCAUUUCACCCAUCUGAUCCCCUGUGGUUGAUCGGUACCUAUACCACAUGCGUCUCUCUGAUGAUGUCCUCCUUGAUGUGAUGACACGUUUCCAGGCAGAGAUGGUGAAAGGCCUGGGAAGAGACACCAGUCCAACAGCUACAAUAAAAAUGCUGCCAACGUUUGUGCGGUCAAUUCCUGAUGGUUCAGAAAAGGGUGACUUUCUUGCUUUAGACCUUGGGGGCUCCAAAUUUAGAGUCCUAAGGGUCAAAGUAUCUGAAGAUGGGAAGCAAAAUGUUCAAAUGGAAAGUCAAUUCUAUCCAACACCUAAAGAAAUCAUACACGGGAGUGGGACAGAUCUGUUUCAAUACGUAGCUGACUGUCUUGCAGACUUCAUGGAGACCAAGGAUAUAAAGCAUAAGAAAUUGCCUCUUGGCUUUACCUUUUCUUUUCCUUGCAGACAGAACAGAUUAGAGGAGGGUGUGCUGGUUUCUUGGACAAAGCAUUUUAAAGUCCGAGGGGUACAGCAGACAGACGUGGUGAGAUCUCUCCACAAAUCCCUCAGGAAACAUCAGGAUAUUGACGUAGAUGUCUUGGCUUUGGUAAAUGACACUGUUGGAACAAUGAUGACUUGUGGAUAUGAUGAUCAGCGAUGUGAAGUUGGUGUCAUUAUUGGAACAGGCACCAAUGCUUGCUACAUGGAAGAAAUGAGCAAUAUUGACCUGGUGGAAGGUGAUGAAGGAAGGAUGUGUAUUAAUACUGAAUGGGGAGCCUUUGGAGAUGAUGCGUCACUGGAUGACAUCCGGACAGAGUUUGACAAGGAGAUUGACUUGGGCUCUAUCAAUCCUGGAAAACAACUGUUUGAGAAGAUGAUUAGUGGGUUGUAUUUAGGAGAACUUGUAAGACUUAUACUUUUGAAAAUGGUGAGGGAAGGCUUGCUUUUCAAGGGAAAAUUAUCAACAGCUCUCUGUACCAAGGGCAAGAUUGAGACAAAACACGUCGCUGCCAUGGAAAAGUAUAAAGAAGGCCUGAGCAAUACUAAAGAGAUUCUGAUGGAACUGGGCCUGACCCCAUCUGAGGAUGAUUGCAUUGCUGUUCAGCACGUCUGCACUAUUGUUUCAUUCCGCUCAGCAAAUCUGUGUGCCGCAGCUUUGGCAGCGAUACUGACACGCCUCCGUGAAAAUAAGAAACUGACAAGGCUCCGAACAACUGUUGGAAUGGAUGGAACACUGUACAAGACACACCCUCAGUAUGCUAAGCGUCUCCAUAAAGUAGUGAGGAAGUUGGUCCCCAACUGUGACGUUCGAUUUCUGCUCUCUGAGAGUGGCAGUGGAAAGGGGGCUGCGAUGGUAACUGCAGUUGCCUACAGACUCUUAUCACAGCGCAAACAAAUUGAUGAGGUCUUGGCGUACUUCAGAUUAACCGAAGAGAACCUUGUAGGGGUAAAAAACAAAAUGAGGGCAGAACUAGAGCGUGGCCUGAAGAAAGAACUGCACCCUCUAGCCACAGUGAAAAUGCUGCCAACGUUUGUUUGUGGAACUCCAGAUGGAACAGAAAAGGGAAAAUUCCUGGCCCUUGAUCUGGGGGGAACAAAUUUCAGAGUUUUGCUUGUAAAAAUCAGAAGUGGAAGAAGUAAAUCAGUUCGCAUGUACAAUAAAAUCUUUGCCAUUCCUUUGGAAAUCAUGCAGGGAACAGGUGAAGAGCUGUUUGAUCACAUUGUCCAGUGCAUUGCAGACUUUUUGGAGUACACUGGUAUUAAGGGUGCCCGCCUUCCUCUUGGCUUUACAUUUUCUUUCCCCUGCAGGCAAGCAAGCAUAGAUAAGGGAACUCUUGUUGGGUGGACAAAAGGCUUCAAGGCAACAGACUGCGAAGGAGAGGAUGUUGUGGAUAUGCUUAGGGAAGCUAUUAAACGAAGGAAUGAAUUUGAUUUGGAUAUUGUAGCAAUAGUAAAUGAUACAGUUGGGACAAUGAUGACAUGUGGUUAUGAAGACCCACAUUGUGAAAUCGGCCUCAUUGCAGGGACAGGCAGUAAUGUGUGCUACAUGGAAGAAAUGAAGAAUAUAGAAAUUGUAGAAGGAGAUGAGGGAAGAAUGUGCAUCAAUACAGAAUGGGGAGGAUUUGGUGACAAUGGCUGCAUUGAUAAUCUCAGGACAAAAUAUGAUAGAGAAGUGGAUGAGGGGUCAUUGAAUCCUGGGAAACAGAGGUAUGAAAAAAUGACCAGUGGAAUGUAUUUGGGUGAAAUAGUGAGACAGAUCUUGAUAGACUUGACCAAGCAAGGACUUCUCUUCAGGGGCCAGAUUUCAGAAUCUCUGAGAACAAGAGGAAUAUUUGAAACCAAAUUCCUUUCUCAAAUUGAAAGUGACCGGCUUGCUCUGCUUCAAGUGAGAAGAAUUCUACAACAGCUUGGGCUUGACAGCACUUGUGAUGACAGUAUCAUUGUAAAGGAGGUGUGUGGCUCUGUUUCCAAGAGAGCAGCCCAACUGUGUGGGGCUGGACUGGCUGCUAUAGUGGAGAAGAUACGGGACAACAGAAACCUCGAGCACCUAACAACCACUGUAGGUGUGGAUGGCACCUUAUACAAACUACAUCCACACUUUUCUAGGAUCUUGCAGGCAACGGUGAAAGAACUGGCACCUCAGUGUGAUGUGACAUUCUUGUUGUCUGAAGAUGGGAGUGGAAAGGGAGCUGCCUUAAUUACUGCUGUUGCAAAGCGAAUGCAUGUUGCGGAAUAUUAAGUGUUCACCCAGGCAUCUGUGCACAGUAGCAAUUUAUUGUGAAACCAAUCAAGGCAGUGGUUCAAAAGUGGUGCACACUUCUGUAGCCUACGGAUAGCCAAUGUAGUGCCUUCAGGAUGUUGUUGGAGUAAAACUCCCAUCAUCCGUCAUCAUCAGCCAUGGUGGCUGGGCCUGACGGGACUUGUAGUUCAACAAAAUCUGGAAGGCACCACAUUGGCUACUCCUGUUUGUAACCUGGUGGUUGGCCAACUGUGCCAACAGUUGUCUUGCCAAAACUGAAGCAGGUUUUGGCUCAUCUGAACAUAUGUUGCCAUAAGCUGCCUUAUGUCUAGAGAUACAACAAUGUACUUGAUAUCCUCUGUGCUGUACCUAAUGCUGCUUCUAAUAUAAAACAGCCAGGUCAUAUAUAAUGUAACUAUCUUUCCAAGAAAUCAGUGUAUUUCAAACGUAUUUAUAUGUUCUGCUGUCCCUUCUCUCUCUACUUUCCCAUUCAGUACCUUUCUUGUUUAUUUUUAAAUAUCCUUUGUACUGUACAAGUAACACUUUGGAAGUAGUUAUGAUGUUUCUGUAUAGCCUCGGAUAGGUCUGUGCCAAGAGCUGGCACUCUUGCUCUACUUUUUAUUGUUUUCUUUUAAAAAUAAAAUAAAAAA